AUGGCGACUGAGGAGAAGAAGCCGGAGACUGAGACUGCCAGGGCACAGCCAACUCCUUCAUCAUCGGCCACUCAGAGCAAGCCUACACCUGUUAAACCAAACUAUGCUCUCAAGUUCACCUUGGCUGGCCACACCAAAGCUGUGUCCUCUGUGAAGUUCAGCCCAAAUGGAGAGUGGCUGGCCAGUUCCUCUGCUGAUAAACUCAUUAAAAUUUGGGGCGCUUAUGAUGGAAAAUUUGAGAAAACCAUAUCUGGUCACAAACUGGGGAUUUCAGAUGUGGCCUGGUCCUCAGACUCCAAUCUCCUUGUCUCUGCCUCUGAUGAUAAAACCUUGAAGAUCUGGGAUGUGAGCUCGGGGAAGUGUCUGAAAACCCUGAAGGGCCACAGCAACUAUGUCUUUUGCUGCAACUUCAAUCCCCAGUCCAACCUCAUCGUCUCAGGAUCUUUUGACGAGAGCGUGAGGAUAUGGGAUGUGAAAACAGGGAAGUGCCUCAAGACUUUGCCUGCUCACUCGGACCCGGUCUCAGCUGUUCACUUCAAUCGUGAUGGGUCCUUGAUAGUUUCCAGUAGCUACGAUGGCCUGUGUCGAAUCUGGGACACGGCCUCGGGCCAAUGCUUGAAGACGCUGAUUGAUGAUGACAACCCCCCGGUGUCCUUUGUGAAGUUCUCUCCGAAUGGCAAGUAUAUCCUCGCUGCGACGCUGGACAACACGCUGAAACUCUGGGACUACAGCAAAGGGAAGUGCCUGAAGACGUACACGGGCCACAAGAAUGAGAAGUACUGCAUAUUUGCAAACUUCUCUGUCACUGGUGGAAAGUGGAUCGUGUCUGGUUCUGAAGAUAACCUGGUUUACAUCUGGAACCUUCAGACAAAAGAGAUUGUACAGAAGUUACAAGGCCACACAGAUGUUGUGAUCUCAACAGCAUGUCACCCAACAGAAAACAUCAUUGCGUCAGCUGCGUUAGAAAAUGACAAAACGAUUAAACUGUGGAAGAGUGACUGCUAA